AUUGACUGGCGCGGUGCGUCGAACAGACGAACCGCGAACGACUGCGAGCACGAAGAAAGGCGAGGCGAGGCCGUACUUCCGUUCUCGCGCUCGCGCUCCGGCUACACAAUUCGCGUUUCUAUAUAGAGAAAAGCCUCGAUAAAUUUGCUCGAAAUUAUUUUGCGGUUCGCCGAAGACUUGGUUUACGUAUUAGCAGCGCGUGGCUACUACUUCUCAUUCUCGAAUUGUCUCUGUCGAUCGCAAUUCUGUAGCUAUAUAUCGAUAGGAAGAUGAGGUGGAGCAGCAGCAGCAGCUCAAGGAGAAGAGAGAAAGAUUCCUGCUGAUGCAGAUCCAGUUUUAGCGCGAGGGGCCGCUUUCGUGUGCCCGUCGUCCUCGUUGGAGAGUCGCCAUUUUUACGAACAUAUGCCGUUCGAUAUUAGCGUCGCGGCGGCCGUUCUCUGACCACAUCAUCGCAUCGCAUUUUAUUCGCAUAUUUACCACACCCUGUUUACCCUUGUGACUACAAUUAUUUCGCUAAAAAGAAGAGAGAGAGAGAUAUCGUUGAGAUAGAAAAUCGUAUAUUUUUUAGAAAAAUAGAUCAGGAUAGCUUUAUCGUUGGCGAUAUGUCUUGAGUUUACCAAAGGGAUUAUUUAUUAACUUGGCAAUCAUGCCGCGCAUAGAUCCAUUGUCACUACUUAGGUGCCUAAGUGUCCUACUGGGACCAAACGGAGGCAUCAAGAGUAAAGAUGAAGUCAUUCGUUUGGCAAACCUUAUGACCAAAUUUUCAAAAAAACUUGUUUCUAAAUGCAUUUACAUUCAAAUUCUUAAAUGUACAACUCCUGAACUUCUCAGCCGUUUCAUGGCUGCAGGAGGUUGGAACCUUAUUCACAUGUGGCUUACCGAUGGCAUCUUGGCCAAAAAUUGGGCUCUAAUUCAAGAGUUACUAGAACUUUUGUUACUUUGUCCGGUUGAUAUUGAACGCUUAAAAAGUAAUAAUUGUCCUAAAUUAAUUAAAGGUUUAUCAAAAGAAGGUAGUCAUCAAGGUGUACGGACAUUGGCCAGUCGCCUUGUGGAGCAGUGGUUGAAAAUGGUCAAAGGUGAAACUGUGCCAGUCGGGGUCGGUCAAGCUCUUUCGUCCUUUCCUCAAAAUUCUGUUCAAUCCUUACAACCCAAUGCAAGUAUUACCCCUGUUGCUAGUCAAAACAUUGAUAGUGAAAAUGCUGUGACAGUUCAAUCAAGUGAUUUCCCAGUUGCUCAGAGUUUUCCAAUAACCCAACCUAUCCAAGAUCAGCAACAAAUUAAAACUUGCCCAGUUCAGAAAUCCCCAACAUCUGUCAUAGCUAUUGAUAAACCACAAACAGUAUCAACAACGGCUUCUCCGCCAUCAGUGUUUAGAAUUACGAUACGCGAUGGCAAACAAGUUUUAACAAAAGUUCAAACAGAUCCUGCUAACAUUAAUCUAAUAAGUGCAAAUAGUUUGAGUACAGACAUCAACGGUGAUGUCGCAGAUGAUGUGCUUCCUACAGAAGAUGAAACAGAUAAGCCUGUUGAAAAAAGUGAAGCCACUGUUCAAAGGGUGUUUACAGACCAAAAAAGUACUGUAGGUGAAACGUUAAAUGAUGCCUCAAGUGAAGUGAAAGAUAAUGCAAUUAGCUCUAAAGACGCGAUUGAAACCGAAAAUGGUAAGAAUAAAGACAAUAUCAAUGAAAAAGACUCUAGCAGUGUUAUUAGUAGUAGGUCAACUAGUGAUAAGGAAAAUAGAGAUAAAAAGGAAGAUAAAAAAGGUGUUGGUAGUAGCAGUAGUUCGAACUCUGAUAAAAAAAGCAGUAGUCAGUCUUCUAAAAGUUCCAGCAAACACAGCUCCAGUUCAAGCAAACACAGUUCCAGUUCUCAUCGAUCCAGCUCUCAUCGUUCAAGCUCAAAAAGUAGUAGCAGUUCCAAAGACAAGUCUUCCAAGGACAAAGACAAGGAUAAACAUCAUUCUAGUAGUUCAUCCAAGAGUUCAAGUAGUAAAUCUAGGACUGAACGGGAUAAAGAAAAGGAUAAAUUGAAGAAAGAUCAAGCUGAAAAGGAUAAGGCAACCCUGGAGAAACUACAAAAUCAACAAGCUUUUAGUACAAAAAUGGGAAAAAUUCCCAAAAAGAAGGCUGAUGAUGAAAAGCCAGGAGAUUCUCCAAGUAGAAAGUCUUCAACUGAUUCCAAGGAUAGUUUUAAGGAAAAUAAAGAUAAAACAGAUCCCAAGAAGGUUGUACCAAUUCCUGAAAAGAAAAAUAUUUCAAUAUCUAUUGAAAAUAGAAAAAAUUCUCAAGAAUCAAGACCUAAAACUGUCAAGACUUUUAAUUCCAAGUUCAGAUCUACUGGUCUAGAGGAAGAGAUCAAACCUCCACCUCCAAGAGGCGCGAAAAAAGCUCCUGUAACUGAUAAAAAAGUAUUUCCUCCAAAAAUACCAUUGAAGAGGCCAUCUCCGCUAAGAGAAACUAGUUCAAUAGCAGAAAAGAAAGCCAAGCUUGCAUUGGACCCUCCUACAACUCCACCAAGUGAAGAAAAGAAGGGAGGAAUCAAACUUAUUCCAGCAAAACCAAAGUUGAUGCUUUUGCAAGAGAGCGACAUGUUUAUGGACGCGCUUACGGCUUCGACGAAAAGCAAAGAGCCGCGCAAGAGGAAGCGGCGAACGUCGAUCACGAAAGACGGGCCAACGGAACCGAAAAAAUCGACGGAUAACGGAGCGGCCAACGAUCAGGCCAGCUCUUCGCCGGUUUCCUCGCCGGCUACCUCGCCCACGCACACUGGCAAAGAUGCCGAUGACAAGUCGCUGCUGGCUCUCAAGCCCACUUUCAAGUUUUAUCAGGACACGUUGGAGACCGACGAGGACGAUAAGACGAGAGGGGAUGAGGCCAAAGACGACAGGAUCCACAAGGCUAACGAUGCGGAGGAGGCUGUCAAAAAGGAGAAGAAAGAGGACGACGAGAACGACGAUGACGAGGGCAGUAGAACUCCUACACCAGAGGACGAUUUCGACGACACGAAGGGUCCUAAUUCGCCGGACGAUCCCGCCGCCGCGGUCAGCGAGGCUCUCAAGAAGGAGGAACAGGCGACUCUGGAAAAUCGGCCGAUCGGAGUUCUCAAGAGCGUGCUGUUGCUUCAGAAACGCAAGGGACCAAAGAAGAGUCUGAAAUGGAAGACCGAUUUGGAGGCGAUACGAUACUUCGAGCUCGACGAGACCGAGCGCGUCAAUGUCACGAAAACGUUCACCGACAUGAAGCAAAUGGAGAAGCAGAACGAGCGAGAAGCAUUCCAGAUGGCUAGGAAAUUAAGCAGCGAAGACACGAUGGAGGAGAGAACGAUUUGGAAGGCCUUAAUACCGAUCGAUCUUCCUCCGCCUCUCGUUGAGCCUGGCAAGGAAAGUAGGGAGAAGGAUAUCCAGUAUGCGCGAGAAAAGGGAAUUCUCCAGGCUCUCUACUUCAAUCGCAGCAUGAUACCCGACUCUCCCGCGGAGCCCGACGAGGAGCGACAUCCAAUCUACAUGGAGCCAAAAAUCAUUCCAUUAGACGACCUGACUGGCAACAAAGACAGCGAAAAAGACUUCACCGGCGUCCCGUGGCCGGAACCCAAGCCGCAAUUGCCCGCACCCUCGACCAUAAUGCCCAACUCGUACUUCCAGUCAUUCCGACCCAGUCAGCAUCCUCACCAGCAUCAUCAGCCGGGAAUGCUGCCGCCAGCUGGCGGACAGCCGACGGUAACAGGCAUGACCCCACAAAUGAACUCGAUACCGGCCGUCGCUCCAGAUAUGACGACUGGCCUGCCCGUCGCGAGCGGCGUCAGCGGUGGCGGUGGUGGGGGUGGUGGGGGUGGUGGUGGAUGGAGAACCGGAGAUGGAAAAAUUGUGGUGCCGGACCCCGCAGUAGCCACGCCCAUGCAGGGCAUGUCCGCGAAUUACUCGCAAGGAAUGGACUCGGCAGGAGUUGGCUCGAUGGGCCCACCGGGAAUGAUGGGAGGACCCCAGAUGUACAAUCAAGACGGAUACAUGAUGGGACCCGACGACAUGGGUUACAAUAACUUCCAGGGACCACCGCCUGGUCCUGGCAUGUACGGGCCACCCGGACCUGGAGGACCACCGUAUCAGGGCCCGAGAGGACCACCGAUGCACGGCAACCGAGGACGAGGUGGUCCCGGCUGGUUUAGAGGCGGUCCUCCGAGAGGUAUGCCCUGGAGAGGUGGCUGGAGGGGUAUCGGCAAGCAGCCACCGGUCUGUAGGCAGUUUUCGAAACACGGAUACUGCCGUGUCGGCGACAAAUGCCAGUUCCUGCAUCCUGGAGUCAAUUGCCCGCCAUUCUAAGACUAAGCCCUCGAGCCAAGCAUCUAAGGACAAAUUAUCAAGCUGCAGGUCGGCAAUGUAUUCAUUCGCGAAUACUCCAUUAUCGACGGGUUCGGGCUCAUAGUAGCGAUACUACUAAUAACGGGAUCACGAGGCUCGGUCACGAUGCGCUCGAACCCAGACUCAAAGAACUUUUUAUUUAAUCAUACGUUUUUCCAUCGCUUAAUAUUAGAUCUGUAUCUUGUAAAUAUUAGCGGUAACUGUCGCAGACGACAUAACUACGUUUUAUCAACGGUUAUCAAGAGUAUGCCAAGAGUUUUAUUUGACAUUGUAAAUCAUUCUAAUGUAAAUAUGAUUGUAAAAUUUUGUAAAAACGAACCCUAGUUCUAAUGUAAAGGAGACUGUUUUAUUAGAUCUAGUUUAUGAUACAAGUGGACAGUACCAACUGAAGUGUACUGAAGUUUUCAAUGAAAAUUCAAGAUGACUGAAUGGAUUAUCGAAUGCAUAAUAACUUGAAAAAUCAAUAACUCUAGUUUGGGAAAGUCUUGCUACAAGAUUUCCAAGUCUUUUGUCAAAAUAAAGUAUAACGUUUUUUACAAAUUAAUUAAGGGAACCGGUUAAUUUUUCCACACACAUAUUAUUAUUAUUAUUAUUAUUAUUAUUAUUAUUAUUAUUAUUAUUAUUAUGUUUGUAUAUAGAGUUGUUGUAAGUCAUCAAAUGCUUAAAAUAAUACACAUGUUAUGCAUAUUUUAACAAGUGAAA